AUGGCGACGAGGAGGGAAGUGGCACAGCUUGAGAGCAGGAUGAGCCCGGAUGACUACAGGAAGCUGCAGAGUCUGUUUGUGGACUCCUGUGGUUCGCCUCGUGCCUUAUCCAGAGCUGAAUUCGUGUCCGGCGCUCUGGCUCUGGUCGGCCGUGGUUCUGAAGAAGACUACUGCUUUCUGUUUGACAGUGUGGCUCUCAGUCAGGAGCACAGCGGACUUCUCCUGGACAUGGACGCGCUGAAAGAGGAAGGGGUCAUAGACUGGCCCGGCCUCUGCUAUUUCCUCUUACUUCAGCUCUCCGAAAAAGCUAAACGCCGCAGCCAACGCGGUAAUGUUCCCCGCUGGAGACCCCCGCGCUCUCUACCCUCCCCACACCGGGACCCCAUCCAGAAGGUGGUGUACGUGCAGAGCUGGGGACUGUACUUGAGUGUGAGCAGAGGAGGGACAGUGGGGAUGUGGGACAGGGACCUAAAGCACUUGUCCCUGGUCCGCACGCUGUCUUUGCACAACAGCACAGUCAGACCUAAACACCUAUGGGUCACCGGCCUGGUACUACUGCACAACCUGGACAAGGUGGCUGUGUCUUUUACCAGUAAGGAGUUGUGCUUCUAUGACAUGAGCUCUAAACCAGAUUUCAACUGCAAGUAUAAGAUACAGGGUUUAAAGUUCACUCCUUGGUGUCUGGACUACUGGGCUGACCCAUCUCUCCUGGACCAGGCAGUGCUCACUGUAGGAGACAUUGGAGGACAGGUCAGUGCACUGUGUUUCACCUCGGCACAGAUCUCCUUGUUUGAGAGCCGCUGGGUGAGAGCAGACUCGUCUGGCGGGGCAUCAGACUUAAUCCUGUGGGACGAGCUUGUGAGAGGAAGGCACCGCUGCUGCUACGUUGUGAGUCACCAGGCCCAUCAGCCCGCAUGGGUCAGGAGAGUGAGUUAUGUCGGAUCACUGGAGGCCUUCUUGUCCUGCUGCACCAGUCCUAGCAGCAGCCUGGUGGUGGCCUGGAGGAAUGACAGCAGCGGACUGAGGCUCACCACAUUUUACACCAAGAGAGGAGUGUGGGACCUGGACUAUCACCAGCAACUCAAGCUCAUAGCCACAGCGGGAAUGGAUCAUCAGGUGCUGCUGUGGAAUCCGUAUGUGACCUCUGAACCAGCGGGGGUUCUCUGUGGGCACGACGGACCUGUCACCGCUGUGUGCUUCAUGCAGAACAAGCAACAACUGCUCAGCUGCUCCAAAGAUGAGGUGUUGUGUCUCUGGGACCUCUCCAGUCAGCAGUGUCUCCAGCGUCUGACUGAGGUGUUCCCAAAGACUCCAGAGGACGCCCAAGCUCUCCUGUUCCUACACGAGGAGAAACAUCUGCUCCUGCUCUGCUUCCACUGCCACCUCCUCCAGCUGCAGACCCAUACAGAGACAGAGAGAAGGACUACCAGCCACCAGAGCUCUGUGACCUGUGUGCUUUACAACAGCCUCUUCAGACAGGUCGUCAGUGGCGACUCGUCCUCCUGCGUGAUCUGCUGGCUGCCUGACACGGGCCAAAAGGUCACGCAGUUCCACCGUUGUCAUGGAAACACCCCCAUUUCCACCAUGGCACUCGAUUGGACACAGACCAGGCUAUUUACCGCGAGCGCCGAUGGAGAGGUCAAAGUUUGGGAUUUCAACGGCCGCUGCCUCCACAGAAUGAACGCAGCUCAGGGUCGCCACGUGCACAUAACGCAAGUCCUGCCCCUGCGGAGGAGUGUUUUGGUCUUUGGUUGGCAAAGGAUGCCGUGCAUAUUUCGCCUGCAGUCUUUCACACAGACAGUAGUGGAGCCGUCGGAGUGGAGAGGAGGGGUCCAACAUGGCGGGGAGGUGGUCUGCGCCGCCUUCCAGACUCCGCAAACUCUGGUCACAGGGAGCUGUAAUGGGGAAAUAACAGUGUGGAACAACAGCACAGAGAAAGUGCUGAGGAGACUGCAGAUAAAUACUGGACCAAACGGGGACAAAACCAAUAAAGCCAGCAAUUGUUUGCUCUACAUACCAGGACGACAGAACACAUCGUCUACAGGUGGUGCAGACUUGGUGUGGUGUGGAGGUUCAGGCACAGUGACGUUCUGGAACACCGCCCACAGUUGUGUUCUGGGGCAAUUCACAGCCCACAGCAGUGACCUGGGGCCCGUCGUAAUGACUGUGAGCCCAUGUGGAGUAUAUUUAGUGACCGCAGACAAGGAGGGGACAGUGAAGACAUGGGACAUACAGAAUUACUGCCUCAGCGCGACCCAGCGAGUGACGAAUGAACCUCCUGAACUUCUGCGUACGUCCCGCCCACACCUGGACCAUGUCACUCACCUGGAGGCAUGUCUCCACGGCGAAAGGCUCCUCCUCCUCUCCGCCUCAUUGGACAGCAGUGUGGCACUCAGUUACCUGCCAGGAGAGCUCAUUGGUUACUUUGGACAGGAGGAGAGCUGGAGUUUAGAAAGAACUGGACUGGAGCAUCCUCUGAGGGGAUUGGAAUGGGACCAGAAAGACAGAAGAGGAGAAGAGGCAGAGACACAAGAGGGGAAGCUGUGGCUGUAA